GUGGGAUGGUGACGCUCCUUUGAUUUUGCGCACACUGGGCACGGGUGGUGGGGUUGGGGUGAGGUGGGACGUUCCCGUUCUAGUUUCCGAAUCCUAGUUUCCGAAUCCGUGCCGUCCCUAGUUUCCGAAUCCUGGGCCACCCUAGUUUCCGAAUCCGCGGUUCUAGUUUUAGUAUCUGCUGUUGACCUAACUUCAACAUAGGGCUAGGUAAAUGGCGCUGGUUCUUGUUCGGAGUCACGCGUACAUUGUAUUGGAAUAUGUUGUCAAAGCAUCCCAAAGCCAGUGCACCUGUACUCAGGGAGAUGAAACGCGCAAACGCAGCUUGGGGACUGUAAUUAGACUUCUUGGUCAAGAGGCCAGAGUGCCCACCAGCAAGGUUAUAUUGAUGACGGCGCGGAUAGGGGCUCGGAUAAAGAUCUCUCAGAAAGAGGAGCUUUACUCCAAGAUCCGCGAGCUUUGCGUCCAAGACCCUGGAGAGACUCAUCGGGGCAUCGACUUCCCCUGCUUCUUGCAGCUCAUGCAGUGGAUGUUGGAUUGCAACUUUGGAGAAAUCAAUGAAGCAGCGGAGCGAUCAAUCAAGAACUGACACAAAAAAAACAGUGGGUCAAGCUGUACACGAUUAUUCAAUUGC